AUGCGAAACGGUGUGUUAGCCUUUGUAGCGGCGCUGCCGCUUACUCAUGGAGUCGUUGCUUCUAGAGUAUGCGGCACCGGUACGAAUGCGUCCUCGGAGUAUCAGUGGCAUGUGGGCGCCGCAAGAUAUGACGGCGCAGAACCUGGAAAGAACGGGGCAGCGACGAUAGCUGUGAGCAUCGUGCCUGGAAACCUCACGAUGGGCACCUUUUUCGAGUGUGUUGCAGAGUGGCCCGAAUCGUGGGAAGGUUGGUACGAAGACGGAAAUAUCAUUUGGAGCGAUUGUAUCUGGGCUGGCAACGGUAGGACUUCAGAUACCGCCGUCGCAUUUGCCUUGGACUGGAAGAAUAAUCGUACAAUGUAUAUAUCUCAUACAUUUGCCUGCUCAGAUAAAGAAGGAUCCGACGCCUUGGCUAUAGGAUCUUUCUAUCUAGAUUUAGAUUGCGCGACGAGCGAGGAAGACGGCACCAGCUGCAUGUUAAAGGGCGAAGGUCUAGAUGUUACUACUACAGGAAGCCCGGCUCGUUUAGCAGCAGAUUCUUGCGCGGAUAACGCAGAGAGAUACCAAUCGUGGCAGCUCGAGAACUGGUUACGUCGCUACGAACAAGUUCCCGGCUCGCCGUCCUCGAGCGCGCCCUCAUCUGAUUCUGGCCCGUCCUUCAUCUUGAGAAAUAUGGCCAAUACGGAUGUUUUCAACUGUACGACUUCGGGAAGCCAGAACAAUACUCUGACUGGGUCUUGCGAGUCGGAUACGGAAGAGAGUUCUACGACGACAGCAACGUUCAGCUUCGAUCGGCAAAUAAACGUACUGACUAUUAAGCAGCACUGGAACUGUAGCGAAUCGUCAUCGUUUGAUGCUAUCGGUGUUGGUUAUGUCCAAGCGACGUGUAGCCGGCAAGGAAAUUUCCUCACCUGUACUUCAACUCCGCUCUGGAUUGGUACGAAAACUGUAUGA